AUGAAGCGCGACAAAUCGACUGACUGUCGACUGUCGACUCCACAGCAAUUCGCCAGUCCUCAUCUCGGUGCAUGCACAGCUCUAAGAAACCAGCUGUCAACCGCCAGACUUAGACCUUUGCUCUUGUCGUUUUAUCCCGCUUUGCUGUUCGUGAUCCUCAACGCUUACUACUGCGGCAAUCGAACUACGACCGUUGUCAUUUGA